AUGGCACUCUCCUCUAUGUCUCCUUUAGCCAAAGCACAGGUACCGGCAUUCACCUGUCCCUCUGGUACGAAGAUGUAUUUCCUGGAUUUAGGGAGACUUGAGAUGGACGAUGGUUGGCUUCUGCGUGGCUCCAACACGAGUACAGCGAGCAAUACAAAUCCAACCAAUGCCCGAAGAGAGUUGAUUGUGCUCGCAGCGCUGAUUGAAAUCCCCGGAUUCGGCUGUAUACUCUUCGAAACGGGAUGUGCAGAGGACCUCAACGUGGCAUGGGGCCACCCAUUAACGGACAUCUUCCCACGUAUUCAAUAUAGUGAGGCUCAAAAGCUUCCUGCCGCGAUCAAGGCAACAGGCAAUGAUAUCAAAGACAUCAAGGCAGUGAUUAUUGGCCAUCUGCAUCUUGACCAUGCGGGUGGGCUUGAGCACUUCAUUGGCACCAAAGUACCAAUAUAUGUGCACGAGGAGGAGUUCAAACACGCAUGUUGGGCAAUCGCAACAGGUGCCGAUCUUGGAGUUUAUCUGCCAGGCUACAUGAGCCUUGACAAACUCGUGUGGAAGACGUUCACUGAUGAUCACCUUGAUCUGUUUCAAGGCAUCACGCUCCAUCACUCUCCAGGACAUACACCUGGCCUUGUCUGCAUGCAAGUGAACUUGGAGAAAAGCGGGACUUGGAUUUGGACUACGGAUCAGUUCCACAUUGCAGAGAAUUAUGAGCUGAGUCAUGCCCACGGCUGGCUUGCAAGGGACCACAAUGCAUGGUACAAAAGUUUGAAUAUGAUCCAGCGCCUGCAGAGACUAUUCCAGGCUCGGCUUGUCUUUGGUCACGACAAAGAUGUAGCCAUGAAGUACAUGGCAGAGCAAUAUUACGACUAG